AUGAACACAGAAAGGGGAAAGAGGAGUGCAUCUCGGAACCUGAAGCCACAGAAGACGCAGCCUGGCGUCCAGAAAAAGAAGAUUGAGAAGGAGUGUGUGAAGCAGGACAGCUCUAUGGCUCCUCACGGUAAGCAUCAGGGGAAAGUGUCCCCCCCGAGCCCCACCACAGAGACUGUCCUGGCCAUGGUCCCAGCCGAGCACAGGAGGCUCUCAGAUGCCAGUAACACGUCUGAAGACCUGAGCAACACUUCUGGAGACCUGAGCAACACUUCUGGAGACCUGAGCAAAGACUCCGGCUGCGCGUCUAUGAAGCUGUCCUCCUCUGACAGCGACACAGAGUUAAGCUGGAUGGACGGUAGAGCUUAUGAGAGCCCAGACAGCGAAGGCAAGGAGGAGAAGGCGCCACCAGAGGCCCCUCACAAGGGCUGGCUCCGCUCUCCUGGGGCCUACAUGGAGAUGAUCAUAGGAGAAACUUCUGAGGACCUGAACCGUGAAGUGGAGGACCUCAGGUCCGAGAAUGAAUAUCUCAAAGACGAACUGGAGGAGCUGCGGUGUGAAAUGUUCGAAAUCCGAGACUUGUUUCAGGAAGAAGAGGUUUACCAAAUACAGCAGCUCCGACUUCAGCUGGACCAGGCCAACAAGACGUGCCGCAUCCUCCAGUACCGGCUCCGCAAGGCCGAGCGCAGGAGCAUCCGAGUGGCACAGACGGGGCAAGUGGACGGAGAGCUGGUCCGGUCCCUGGAGCACGACAUCAAGGUCGCAAAAAGUGCCUCCCUUCGACUUUAUAAUGAGCUGGAAGCAGUGCAGAAGAAGAAUUUGCAGUUGGAGUGGGAGAACGAGGCGCUCCGUGAGAAAACUCAGGAGCUGGAGGUGGCCAAACAAGUGCUGCAGGCAGAGGCAGAGAAGGCCAAGGAGAGCUCUGUGAAAAAGAAGAGCAUCAGAUCCUCAGCUGGUAAAGCUGAGAGAAGGCUUUCUCAGAUGGAGGAUGACAGCGCAGAUCUCAGGUGCCAGCUGCACUUUACCAAAGAAGAAUUAUCUCUGAUGUGCAAGAAACUCACCAAGCUGGUGUCGGACAACGAGGCCAUGCAGAGCGAGCUCAUCAAGUACCACACAGCGUACGGCCACAUCCACACCUCUCCUCUGCCUGAAGGCCAGCACAACUCUGCUCGCGCCAGAGAGGCUGAGGUCAAGAACCACCUAAAACUGGUGGAAGAGGAGGCCACGCUUCUGAGCCGUCGCAUUGUUGAGCUGGAAGUGGAGAACCGAGGUCUGAGAGCGGAAAUGAGCGACUUGAGAGAGAAGACGGGGGCCGGCAUGGACGAGGAGGAGGCCGAGAACGCUUCAUUACAGGAGCGAGAUCAGGGGAAGGAAGAAACAAGCAAGGAGCAAAGUGCUGCUGACAUGACACAGAUGCCCGAAGGAAACAUCUUCACAUGUGACAUCACCAGGGAGGGUCCAGUCGGGGGUGAAUGGGACCCAUCCGACACCCAGGAAAGCUGCCACAAGCACAAUCAACACAACGGCUUCAAAGUCAUGUCCCAGAAAGACUACAAAACCCUGGCGGCGCUCCGAGACCACUCCUAUUUCCUGAGCUCGUCCAUCCAGCUGCUGAUGGCGCCCUCUGAGGACAGGGAGGGCAAUGAGCCGGAGAAAGGUCACUUCCCUUUGAACGAAGCGCUGGAGCUGUGUCAGACCAUGCUCCUGGCUUUCAUCAGGAGGGCGGAGGCGGUGUUGAUGGAGGGGGAUUCAGAAGGCCUUGUUUGGCAGCCCAGCACGUUGGCUUUGCCAUCUGGAGACACCGCAGGUGACAUUCAAAAGUCACAGAGUAAACAAGAGUGCGUGGAGGACUUACGCACGGCCGCAGUGAAGGAGAGAGCCAAGCAGAGUGAGCAGGCGGCACACACGCAGAGCUGCAGGGAUUCCAAAAUGCAACAGUGUCUGCAGAUCCUCUGGCUCAUGCAUCAGUGGUGCCAAGAAGAGAAUGAGAGGCCUAGUCAAAACACGUCGGAGCUGGGAGGGCUGCUGAGGGACGUGGCUGCACAGAUCCUGGAUGAGCCCCUCAGGGAGUCCACAGAGUCCAGAGAGUCCAGAGCCAGGCGGGGCAAAGCAGAGGAGCGCGUCGCCAGCUGUGUGUUCGACAGCGAGCUCCCUGUAUCUCCCAGAGCGCACGUCUCCACGGGAACCAGGCGAUAUCUCUCUCUUCACAACAAAAGAAAAAAAAACUGGUGCUACACAAACCAGGAGGCCGCCCAUCUGGACCGAGAAGACCCCGUGAAGACCUGGGACCACCUCAUCAUGCCGCUAAACUUCCCCGGAUUGGACUUCCAGCAGAUGUCGACGGAGAGAAGCAACACGGCUCCGGAGAAAACCGCCGUGCGCAUUUACUACAGCCCCCCGUCCAGACGCAGAGUGGCUCUGGCUCAGCUGAAGCAAAGCCCAAUGGCGGAGGCGGACUCCCCCAGCGCCACGUCCCCCUGGUUCACCCCGCCUACGUCCUUCUCCGCGCUGGCCUUGGACUCCAACCUCAGCGACGACAUGAAAGAAAUCACCGCCGGUUUGAGGGAAAAGUGGGUGAACACGGCGAGUUCGGGCACGCAGACCCAGCUGAAGCCGCUGCUGGUUAGCGUAGCCAUGCAAACCGACGUCUCCCACGGGUCGGUGUCGUUCCGCAGCCCGAAUCGCAUCAUAAAUUCACCGGUUUCGUCCCCUCUUCCCGUCUCCGGAGCAGCAGCCGUGGGGCGAACAGAGCGGCCCAGAUCGGCAAACUCGUCUCCCAAACUGCGCCGGAACUCGUCCAUCCCGUCCCAACCGUCGAGCCGGGACCGUGCCAUGUGGAACUUAGCGCAGCAGCACGCCACCGGGAUGACGUGGAAAGGCGGUCAGAGAGUCGCGGUGGUGAACGUCGAGCAGACCGCGAAGCCCGCCAGCAAACCGGCGCAGAGCUCGACCAACAAGUGCGGGUUGGUCACUGAGUUCCUGCGCAGGGUGAGCGGCAGAGCGGACAAGCCGGCGCAGGGGUACGGGCUGAGGAGCAAAAGCGGCGGGCCACUGAAGAACUUGGAGCGCGUCCCGACCAGACCCGUCGGGGUCCCGCUGCAGAGGAGCGACAGCGUGACCAGGAUCGUCAACCAGAGAUUCAUGAAGCCCAGAGAGGAGAAGACCCAGGGGGCGCGGCCGAACCCCGUCCCAGGAGAGGAGGGGAACUAUGACUGUGUCUCCGGCGGUUCGCUCUCCUUCUGUUUUUCGCGCCCGACUCGGUCGUCGUUGAGGCAGACGAUCCACCAGAGCAAAGUGCAGCAGCGCAGACACACUCAGCCCAGCUGUGCCUGA